AUGGAUUCUGACGCUCCUAUUGGUGGUAAUAUUCCACAGGAGCAAAAUCGACAGCUUCAAGCUCAGGCAAAGGUCAAUAAACGUGCUCAAGAACUGGCAUUUGCAUUUCAACAGACCCGGCCAAGAGCAACCACCAGAUUAUACAGCAAACCACAGGCAAAAUGGGGAGUCUGGUGUAAAGAGCAAGGAUUCUCUGAUGGAGAGCUUGUUACGGAGAACAAGAUGGUUACUUUCCUUGAUGAAUGGGUCCUUCACCGUCCAAUAAGGUCAUCUUGCUACAAGAGAGCCUGUACGGAUGAGAAUGGAGAUCUAGUGACCCAAACCCUAGGGGUCUCGUCUCUGAAGCAAUACGCUGCAGGUCUUGUUGAUCUUUGGAAAUUUCAAAAAACGCUUGGGCAGUCGUACAGUACUGCUGGACCGGAUGGCAAGAUCCAGAUGUCAAAGGCCAAAGACCACAGGCUCAGGAAUCCUACCUUCAUAUAG